UGAUCCCCGCAGCUGAUCUUUCCGAGCAGAUCUCAACAGCCGGUACCGAAGCUUCAGGAACCGGGAACAUGAAAUUUAUGCUGAACGGGGCUCUCACCAUUGGCACCAUGGAUGGCGCCAACGUGGAGAUGGCAGAGGAAGCCGGCGAGGAAAACCUGUUCAUUUUUGGCAUGCGCGUGGAGGAUGUGGAGGAGAUGGACAAGAAGGGCUACUGCGCCAAGGAUUAUUAUGACCACAUUCCCGAACUGAAGCAAGCCAUCGAUCAGCUGAGCAACGGCUUCUUCUCACCCAAGCAGCCGGAUCUCUUUAAGGAUAUUGUUAACAUGCUCAUGUACCAUGACCGGUUUAAAGUUUUUGCCGACUACGAAGCUUACAUUAAAUGUCAAGAAAAGGUCAGCGCCCUUUACAAGAACUCCAAGGAGUGGACAAAGAAGGUGAUCCGGAACAUUGGAACUUCUGGAAAGUUCUCGAGCGACCGCACCAUUGCCCAGUACGCCCGCGAGAUCUGGGGGGUCGAGCCCAGCCGCCAAAAGAUCCCUGCCCCCGACGACCCUCGGGAAUGAGCCCCCUCUGUCUUACUGCCCUGAGGGGGCUCGGCGGCAAUGCGAAUCUCCAUCUCGGCCAAGCCCCCCAACCUGCCACCGAGGGGGAGGAUGUGUGGGAAGGACCCCUCGCCUUCCUAGCCCCCCUUCGGUAUCUUUUUUUUUUAAAUUCACCAUCACCCUUUCCUUCAUACAGUAUUUUGCCAGGGCUUCCUUCCCUUCUUAGUGUGAGAAAAAGCCUCUUUUGCAGCUUUUAGGGGGGGGGAUCUGCAAAAGACCCACCAGGGGGAAGGAGAGUUGGCUGUUCAGCUAAAGCAAAACGACACGAUCCUUCCGGUCAUUGUGAAAUGAGGGAAAGGGCUUGCAAACCGGAAGAUAGAAGCAAAA